UACUCCUCCCAAGUUAAGAGCAAUGGCUGAUAAAGAUGAGGCGUAUGGUCUCCCGAAAGAUUAUACGAACCAAUUACCCAUCAGUGAACAAACCCAGACUUACACAGCUGAAGCAAAGAACAUUGUGCAGUCCCUGAGUAAACAAGACCACAGUUAUGGCCUACUCACGCAGACUUUUCCUCAGUUAGUCGGAGUGCCUCAGAGUGAAGGAAACCAAACCAUAAUGGGAGAAUUACCUACUCAUGAUAACCCAGGCUUUGUGUUUGACCAAGAGCAGACAAUCACUGCAGCGACAGAAAGUACAGUUCAACUUCCUAAAGAGUGUUCCAGUGGAGUGAACCAGGCUUAUGGCCUACCUGUGGAGGGCACUCAGAAAUCACCAACAGUGUCUGUGAGUGAAAGGGAGCUGACUGAAAAUCAAUCAAGACAAGAUCCCAUCCAAUUAUCAACAUCAUCUCCAGUUAGAACAGACAGAUGUGACCAUCCAACAAUGGCAGGUUCUGGUCAGUUGUCAGAACUGACCCUCAGAGGAUACAUUAAGAUUUGUGACCUCCCAGGAGAGGAUUCUGGGCAGUUACCCCCAGACUCUGUCAGUGAAGAAGGAACCGAUGCUGACCUGACAGCAGAGGAUUUUGCUCAGUCUGGAAAAGAGUGUGUGAUGGAGAAAGAGCUGAAUGUCCUUGAAUCAGAGAUUUCUCAUUCAGAGACAGAGCUUCAUUCUGGGAAAGUGCAGGCUUUGGGUUCACUUGGAGUGGAUGCUACAGAACGUCUGAGGGAAGGAGAACAUGGCGAGAGGUUAACCACAAGGUCAUCUGCCCCUUUGAUGACAACGAGUCUGAGUGGACAACUUCAGGGUGACAGUACAGUCAUGGAGGAUUCAACAGCAGGGUCAGGAGAGGAUCGGAGUGAGAAACCUCAGGCUGAUGGCCUAGUGAGUGAUGCCUCUCCUGAAGCAGUGACAGAGCCACUGUCUGAGGAGAAACAAACUCAGGGACAACGUGAGAACAUCCAAGAGAGUAUGACUAGUGGAAAAUGGGGUGAAGAUCUUACUCUGUCUGUAGAGAAGAUUCUGAUUAGAGCAGAUCAGACCAAUCCCCGCAAAAUGAAAGAUUCAGUGAACUGGGAAGGAGUAAUACAGGGAGGACAGAAACUGACAGGAGGCCGUUGGGGAAAGGUAUCUCCUCCUCCCAAAAUAGGAGCAAUGGCUGUUCAAGAUGAGGCAUAUGGCUUCCCGAGCGAUGAUACUGACCGAUUACCCAUCAGUGAACAAACUCAGAACUACAAAGUUGUAGCAAAGAACAUUGUGCAGUCCCUAACUGAACAAGACCACAGUUAUGGCCUACUCACACAGGCCUUUCCUCAGUUAGUCGAAGUGUCUCAGAGUGAAGGAAGCCAAACCUUAAUGGGAGAAUUACCUACUCAUGAUAACCCAGACUUUGUGUUUGACCAAGAGCAGACAAUCACUGCAGCGACAGAAAGUACAGUUCAACUUCCAAAAGAGUAUUCCAGUGGAGUGAACCAGGCUUAUGGCCUACCUGUGGAGGGCACUCAGAAAUCACCAACAGUGUCUGUGAGUGAAAGGGAGCUGACUGAAAAUCAAUCAAGACAAGAGCCCACCCAAUUAUCAACAUCAUCUCCAGUUAGAACAGACAGAUGUGACCAUCCAACAAUGGCAGGUUCUGGUCAGUUGUCAGAACUGGCCCUCAGUGGAGACAUUAAGGUUUGUGACCUCCCAGGAGAGGAUUCUGGGCAGUUACCCCCAGACUCUGUCAGUGAAGAAGGAACCGAUGCUGAUCUGACAGCAGAGGAAUCUGCUCAGUCUGGAAGAGAGUGUGUGAUGGAGAAAGAGCUGAAUGUCCUUGAAUCAGAGAUUUCUCAUUCAGAGACAGAGCUUCAUUCUGGGAAAGUGCAGACAUUGGGUCCACUUGGAGUGGACUCUACAGAAUGUGUGUGGGAGGGAGAACAUGGCGAUAGGACAAACACAGGAUCUUCUGCUACUUUGAUGACAAUGAGUCUGAGUGGACAACUUCAGGGUGAUGCUACAGUCAUGGAGGAUUCAGCAGCAGUGUCAGGCAAGGAUCUGAGUGAGAGAGAUAAGGCUGAUGGCCUAGUGAGUGAUGUCUCUCCUGGGGCAGUGACAGAGCCACUGACAUGGGAGAAACAAACUGAGAAUGCAGUAGCUCAGGAUACUGUGUGUUUGGUGAGAGCAUCUGAGGGCCAACGUGCAGAGAUCCGAGAGAACAUGACUGGUAGAAAAUGGGGUGAAGAUAUCACUCUGCAGGUAGAGGAGAUUCUGAUUACAGCAGAUCCCCGCAAAAUGAAAGAUUCAGUAAACUGGGAUGGAGCGAUACAGGGGGAACAGGAACUGACAGGAGGCCGUUGGGGAAAGGUAUCUACUCCUCCCAAAAUAGGAGCAAAGGCUGAUCAAGAUGAGGCAUAUGGCCUCCCGAGCGAUGAUACUGUCCGAUUACCCAUCAGUGAACACAGCGAAGACUUCACCCCACCUGCUGAAAUGUCUGUAACUGGAGCAACGCAGACCAUGACCCAAAACAAUGUGGAUUCAUUGGACUGGGAAAGAGUGAAACUAUGGGCACAUGAACAGACUGGUGACCCAGGGAAUCCUGAGCAUGCUCUUCCUGAACUAGAAGGUUGGACUGAGAGACGGCAGGCUGUUGCUCUGCCACGGGAGAAUUCUGAACCAGCACAACAAUCUUGUUUUGUUCAGUAUACGCAGCACGCUGUGAGUGAACAGGAGCAGACAGGCAGAGCAGGCUCAUGCGGACACCAACCUGCUGAGCUCAAUCUCCCAGGUGUACAGCCCCUGGGUGCUGAAUGCCAGGGUAGUGUCCAGGCAAUCAUUCCGUCAGGAGAAACGAUUUUCCCUGAAGUGGAUGUUACCCUUGAACCUGGAUUGUCAGGGCAUUUUGAGGGAGAGCCUUUGAGGCAGGUGGAGCAAGUAAAGGAGGCUUCUGCUGAGUCAGCACCAGUUUUUCAAAUCAGAGCCGAUCAGACUGCCGCCUCAGAAGGAGAUGCAUUCCCUCCCAGAAUUCACAUCCCUCAGAGUUCCAAAGAAAUGGAAAAUUCUGCCCAAUCGGUGAGCUGCUCUUCAAAUGCAGAGAGAGAGCUGUCAGCUGGUUCUGCGGCAAGACUUGUCAGAACACAGAAUGAAGACCACGAACCUCGAGAUGAAGGUGAAUUGACGGGAAAGGAGUCUGCGAUGACUCUGACUUGGCCGCGUGCUGAUUUUUCCCAAUCUCAAAUGGAAUAUUUAGAACGCAGUAACUUGACUGAUGACCCAACGAGGAAGGAUUCAGGGAAACCAGUGCACAGCACUGAACAGGGGUUUGCUGACAUUAUGACUCUGGGCUUGGUGGAUCCCAGUGAAAGGGCACAGCAAGGUAAAGAGACUCGGGAGGAGGAAGAUCGAAGCAUGGCAGACGUUGAAAGACAGGACCACAACGUAAAGACAGGGAAUGAGAUUUCUGAAAGAGAGACUUCACUGAGAAUGGCCUUCACUGCAUUGGAAUCAAUGAAGGAACAGAUUCUGUCAUUACACAGCUCACUGGUACAGUUUCAAAACAAGCCAAAGGUCCUGACAGGAUUCAGCUUAAAGCUCGAGCCUGAGGUACAGGUGCUGAAGAAUCUUCAAACUCAGGUGAAAUCCCAGAUUGAAAGCUGUGAAGACUUGCAGAGCAGACUGAGCAAGGCCAGUUCCAUGUUGGAGCCGGAGGAUCAGUGUGCAGUGUCUGCUGUAGCUGUUGGUCACACACAGCGGUGCCGGGAGAUCGGGUCACAGGCACAACUCGCUGAGGAGGCUCUGCAAGCUCUCGCCCAGUUGCUGCAGUUACUGCAGGAAGCAGAACAAGAAGGAACAUUGCAGGAUGAUAAACUUAGGUUGGCGGAGGAGGAGGGGGAGGAGAAGACCAGGCUACUCCAGGAUAGAGCCCUCGAGUUGGACAAAACCUUGGCUGCAGCUAAGAUUUGCUUGGUGGAUAGGAAUUCUGGUGAGAGGACCUGCUGCUGGGAUCUAGCUUCCUCACUGGGCUGCAGGUCAGAGGCUGCCAGGCUGGGGUUGGGAAGGCAGCACAGAGCCACCCAGGAAGAGUUACAUCAAGCAUUCUGCACAAGGCAAAACUGUCUCAUCAAAGACCUGCAGGAAAUUGGAAAGAGAGCUGAAGAACUUCGAUUAAGAGAGGCUACAUGCCCUGGAGUGCAGUGGAGGCUGCGAUGUUUGAAUGAUCUGAACACUGAACUACAGUCAAAAGCAUCAGAGUUGAAAGAGCUGAGGUGUCUGAUGGAGCAGCUGACUGUGGUGAACCCUGCUCUCAGAGGGGAGGCCCAGGAGCAUCUGUACGUAGCACAAGGUGUCUUGGAAGAGACAGAGAGGAACAUCCAUGAUCGGCAGGACCAAUGCCACAUGCUAGUGGCCUUUCUGAGACAGUGUCAAAACUACAGGAAGGAACUGACAGCUACCAUUCAGAAAGGAGCAGCUGUCCUCCCAGGGCACACAUCUUACAUGGGGAAGGAAAAGCUGCAGAGACUAAUGAACGAUAUUAAUGACGUGAAACUAGAGUUCAACAGCCAACAGGGGAAAGUGGAUGAACUGAGAAAGGUUUGUCGCCAUCUGCAGUCAGAGCUGAAGAAAGUUAUGGAUUGUAAUUCCUUACCAUUCCAGACAGAAGCAGAAGAACUGUUGGAUCAAUGGUUGGAUGAGUCGGAGAGACUGGAUAGUUACAGCUGUAACCUGCAGCAAGCCCUGAGCCUAUGGGAAGAUCUCAGUGAGAGCCGCUCACGGAUGGAGGAGAGUGUGACAGGCAGGUCUGCAAGUGGACAGGAGCUCGCAAUGCAGGAGGAUGAGAUUCCGUCUCAGGAGAAGGAGAUUCCGAGUUUCCGGGAGAAAGCGGUGAGAAUUCAGGAGCUGCUUGGUUGGAAGGAAAUCCCACUAGAGUUGCAGGUGGUGUCGACAGUAAAGAAGAAAAUAGAACAGGUGAAACACAUCAACAAACAGCUCAACACCAUGGACAAGGCGCCAACUGGACAUCUCAGUCACUCCGUGGUCAAACAUGAACCAACGGGAGUUCCUUCUGAGGAUGAUGUCAGAGAACAGGUUCUCCCACUCUGUCUCAACAGAGAGGGCGUUCGGCCUGUCUUUGAGUUCAGUGUUGAAGGUCAGCAGUGUUCUCGACACCGUCUGGAUGCACGUGAGGAGAUGGCGUGGAGUGGGGAAGAUCCCAGUGAUGAUGAUAUCACACCCACAGCAGAGGACCUACCAGAGACGCCCUGUGCACAGACGGACAGAGGUCAGGAGCAGGGCAACGACAGGCUCUACCUCGGUGAGACAGAACAGCGCCGGAGACAACAUGAGGCGAGCGAGGAGGAAACCCAGGCAAAAAGACGCAGGGAACAGUGGCCAGUGCAGGGGGAGCAGGAUCAGAACAUGCAGCCUGCGUCUAAAACCCCGCUGCAGCAACAGGACACUGAGCUCGAGGCACUGGAGAGGUACCCAGAGAAAUUGAAAGAACAUGUGACAAGAUGCCGGCAACUCACAGAGCACCUUGCCAGUCUGGAGACAAGCCUCACAGCCUCGUCAGCACAGAUCCCGACUUCGUAUAAAGCAGCCAUUGAGCUAGCAGAAAGGCAGAUGGCGUUGGGAAGAGAGAUCGAUUGCAUUGAGCUGAAAGUGUUGGAACUGAAGGACAAGGCCCACGAUUUGGAGGGGACCGCUGAUACCAGCAAUGAGGGAUCAGCCAGCCAGGCUGUGUCCACACUCUCAGGCCGCUGGCUCUGUCUCCGAGAUUCGGCGAGAGAGCAAGAACUACGCUGCUCAGGCCUCAAGGAGGAAUGGAAAAGCAUCAACGAAGAGAUUGAUCGUGCAAUGAUUAUCCUGGACCACCUUCAGGAUGACCUGCCUGAUCACCUGCGGCAACAGGCUCCAAUGGCUGAGCUCUUGGGGCUGGGGGAGUACGUCAGCCGUUACCAUGGUGAUCUGACCCAACAACAAUCAACCCUGGGCCUUCUGUUCCAGCGUGUGGCCCGUGUUCUCAAUGUUCAGGAGCCAUCGGAACCAGCUCCAACCGUACCUGUCCUUCAGGAAUUGCGAAUGAUGGAGGAGCGAUGCCAGAGUCUGGCACAGAAACUGGAGAAGAAUCGGCAAGACAUUGAAGCAGAGAUCCGGGAACGGGAGAAAACCAUCCAAGAGAUUGACAGGAUUGAUGCUUGGGUGCAGCAAACAACGAUUCAGCUGGACAGCACAGAGUUACACAGCGAUGGAGGGCCACACACUGACCUGGAGCAACUCCGAGCAGGGAUAAGUGCCCGGCGCCAGGCAAUGGCAGAACUUAGCGGCCAGCUGCAGAGCAGGUACUCAGAGCAGGAUGUUCCCUCAGAGAUCGCCACUCGCAUCCAGAAGACCAGUUCCGCACUGACAGACAUGGGAGCUAAGCUGGAGGCCAGCCCAAGGCAGGAUCUGAGCCACAGAAUUGUAUCCAUAACGAAUGGACUUCACAGGGUGGAGAAGCUGCUAAAGCAAUGCAGCAAAACUCACAGUGAGGCCCGGAAUCAACAGAAGACAGUGUGGUGUGCGAUCGAUAAGUGGCACUCGGUUCUAUCGGAGCUCGAAGCAGAGGUGCAGGAGCUGGCACAGCAGGAUCCCGAGCAGGCUCAGCAGCUGAUGGAGAAUCUCAUGGAACCACUCCAGCUAUACCAGCAUGUCUCACACACAGCAGAGCGCAGAACCAUCCUCCUCAACAAGAUUCCUGACUGCCUGGAGGAGUAUAAACAGAUCACUGACUCGACAGAAGCAUGGAACAAUAAUGCCAAGAGUCUGCUCUCCAGUAAAAUGGACUACACAUCAGCCAAGACAGUGAACAAACAACUCCUAGCUUUACAGGUGCUGGCUCAGAGUGCCAAACAAAAGCAGCAAGGGCUGCAAGACGUUCUCGUCAGACUGAAGGAGCUGUCUGUGCUCUACCAGACCGAGGAGAUGAUGGAGCGACUCAACGAGCUCCAGAAAGGGACUUCCACCCUGCAACAAGAGAUUGACGUGCAACUUGCAGAGUUAGAACACGUAGCGAUGGAACUUGGUGAUUUGGAAUCCGAAGUGAAGAACAUUGAAAAUAAACUUUCGAAGAUUAACACCAUCCUGUCCUCCAUUAAGCUCUGUGACCUCCCCAUCGUGGAGCAUUUGGAGAACAGACAGAUAAUCAUGGAGAACCUUGAGGAGAUGAAGGAGCUUGUUGGUAUGAUGGAGCACUGUAAGGAGACUCUGGGAAUAAUGCCAGAAGCGAUCUGUACGGUCGAGGUCUUCACCAAGAUUCAGCGUGUGUCUGCAGAACUGACACAUCUGCAGGAGGUGACAACGCAGCAGAGCACCAUGUUACAGUCACUGUUGGAAAAAUUACAGGAAUAUAACGCAGAGAUGGAGAGGUUACAGCAGGUGGGUGAGCUUUGUGAUGAAACACAAGGCGAGAGGCUGGCUAGUCUGACCGAGCGGAGGGAGUUACUGUUGAACAGUGCACAGGAAGCACUGACUCAGCUUGUACAAGACAAGCCAGAGGGUGAGGAGCCGGCUGACAAGAGCAGCAGAGAGGAAGAGCAGUCAGCCACAGCACUGAGCAACCUCCCCUGGGACUCCAAGGUCUCCUCUGAUGGCAAACUGCCUUCCUUGUUAGAGGAGGAUGAGGAACAUGAAGAAGAUGGGGACAUUAUAAAGUCAGGAGAGAGAAACCAAACCCUUGUACCAACACUGGCCCCCACACUGUCGCCAUUGGAGGAUCUCCAUGAGUGCCAGGACCGAGCUGCGGCUCUGGAGCGUUGGUUGGACACAGUCCAGGAGUCACUGGGAGCGUGCGCUGGAGACCAGGAGAUGCACCAGGAUGUGGAGGAGCAUCUGCUACAGUCACAGAGUGCGCUGCUCGAGAUUGAGGAGAAGGUGUGUGAGCUGGCCCAGGCUGGUCAAGAAGGAAACGACACUCUACAACCCGAUCUCGAGAUCCUCUCCCACCGCCUGGGGACUUUAAAAGGCUGUCUGGUAACGUUCGAGGCAAAACUGCGAGAUGGACAGAAUAAGGGGCAGGAGACACCUGCCAAAACGUUCGCACCAGCUGGUGGGACCUUCUGCCACACCCUGCCCACUGGCCAGCCAACCUUCAUGGCUGUCAAACCCAAGCUGUCAAGACAGGACAGCCUGCAGCAACAGAAGGAGCUGGAGUUGGAGCUGGUCCAACAUAAACACCUGACGGAGUAUAUAGCGCUGCACGUUGACAGGAUGAACCAGCAGAUACACGACCACACGGAGCGGGAUGUACACCAGUCCUCCUCCAGCUCCUCAAGGGAUAUCCUCCAGCUCACAGACACAAUGGCAGCAGAACUGCAAGGGGCACCCGGUCACGACGAUCAGGUGGCUGCAACCUGGCAACGUGUCCAACAAGAAAUGGAGGGCCGCCUGAAGCUUCUGGAAGAUUCUCUUGUGCAAGGCUUGGCAUCGCAGGUGUCGCUCACAGCUGGGAGUGUCCGCAAUGUCCAUGGAGUCUCGUCACCAGCACCAUCACCAGCAGCAGCAGAGGAGCUGAGUGUGUGGGUAACUCAGCUUGGUCUGCUGGCCAAGGAGGCAACUGCUGUCCCCACACAGGGGCAGGGUGAGUGUGUAACAUUGGAGAGGCGUUUGCAGGAUACCACGCUCUGGAUCAGCCAGUGGUUAGAUGCUGCUGAGGAAAGAAUUUACUCCUCCAGCCCGAUACCUUUUGAAGAAGCAGAACAACAGCUGGAUUAUCACCAGCUGCUGGCUGCUACCCUGGAGAGAGUUCACCAUGAGCUGAGUGAGCAGUGCUCUGUACUGGAGCAGCCACACCAAGCUGGGGAACAGAUUACUGCCCCAGCCCUGCACUGUCUGACCACUUUACAGAGAAGGCUGAAGCUGUUGCAGGCUGCACACUCCACAGUGAGCCAAUCACUGACCGACAGGGUGAGACACAUCACGCUGUAUCAGGAGAGGCUGAGGCAGUUCGAGGCUGUCUUGCUGGAGAGAAGGAUGGAUGUUCGGAACAGAUUGGCGGAAUCUGCAGCUCAGAGCGCUAGUGAUCGACUUCAGGUGAUUGAGAAGGCGGAGGGUGAUCUGGAGCCCAUUGAUGCUGAGUUACUGGCUGUGAUUACAGAGGGACAACAAUAUGACCUGGAGACCACAGCGACUGAGGAUCUCUGCAAGCUGGAGGACAUUCUCAAUGGGAUUCGAGUGAGCCUGAGGGAGGAGUGGAGACAGGCCCAGCACACCACACUGGUGACGAGUCAGUACGAGAGGCUGCUGCAGGCUCUCCUGGGCCUGGUCAACAGCAGACAGGAGAAGCUUUCCCAGGGGACAAGACUGCUCGCCAAAAACAUUGGUGAUUUACGGAGCCAGCUACAGAGCCAUAAGCUGUUCUUCUCUAGGUUAGCGAAUCAUCUGGUUUUGGUGAAGCAGUUUUCUCAGAGUGUUCCAGAAUUUAUUGUUACUUGUAACCGGGACGUGUGGUUGGAGCUGGUUGAGGGGGUGUCGGCUCUGCAAGCCCGGGCUCUGGCUCAUGGAAUCCAAAUGGAAACUACUGUCCAGGCCUGGGCAGAAUUUGAGGUGGACCACUCCUCCCUGAUCAAGGAGCUGGAGCUGUUGAAGUCUUCAGUCCCAAUUGUUGGACUGGUGGAAGAGACAGAGGAGAGAUUGUCCGAACGUGUCAGCACCUUACAGGCGAUCAGGAGCAACCUCACUAGGAUCCACGCCCAAGUGGAACAGAGUGUGAGCAGUGGGCACACUCUCCUGGGCAUUGUGAGCUGCCCGGAGCUGGGUGCACAGGUCCAUAACCUGGAGGAAAGCUGGGUCUCCAUCAACAACCAGGUCAAUCACCAACUGCAUCGACUGGAGAAGCUUCUAGAACACUGCACACGGUUUCAGCGUGAGAUCCAUCAGGUCAAUCAGUGGUUGGACUCAGCCAGGAGCCGCUUGAGUUACUGGGAGCAGGAGUCCGUCAGCCUGCCGUCGAGACCAGAAACCAGUGAGAACCAGCUCCAACGCUUCCUGGAAUUCUGGAAGGAGGUUGAUGGAAUGUCGUCUGUGAGGACAGCAGCAAUCAGCGCAGGGAGCCAGCUGCUGGCACUGAAGCAGGUUGAGGGUGGUGCCGUUCGAACUCAAAUGGCACAGCUCGAGCAGAAGUGGGCACAGCUUAUCGCCCAGCUCCCCAGCAUCCAGGAAAAGCUGCAUCAGCUCCAGGUGGCUGUGUUACCCUCACGGAAGGCCAUCACACAGCUGACAACAUGGAUCCAGGAUAUGGAGAGCGUGAUGGAGGAGAAUGAGCCAGUGACCCACUCUCUGGAUAGCAGCACUCGGGUGAGGCUCCUGCUUCAGAGAUACAAGGGUUACCAGCUGGAGGUGAACUGCAGGCAGCUGAUGGUGGAUUUUGUGAAUCAGUCGGUGCUUCAGAUGAGCAGUCAGGACGUGGAGGGUGAUCGUUACGAGAGGACAGAGUUUGCGGAGAGUCUGGGCGCUCUGAACUUUCAGUGGCAGAGACUGACCCAAUUUCUGAACAGGAAGAUCCUGCUCUUGGAGGCACAGCUGGAAUCGUGGACAGAAAGCGACCGCAGUGUGAUGUCCCUGAGUAGUUGGCUGGAUGUGCAGCAGGACCGGCUCAGGAAGAAUCGGGAAGCCUGCAGCCAGACAGCGCUAGGAAAGGCACUGACUGACUGCCAGGAAAUCGGAAAGUGCCUGAAGGUGAAGGAGACGGAGUUGGAAAUGUUGCGACAGACAGUUCCCGGAAUGAUAGAGAACAGUGUCCCAGAAACACCAACCAGCAUCACCCAAAAACUGGACCAACUACAGGACUCUCUGAGCCACCUGGACACUGAGGUGAACCAGGUUCAGUCCAUUCUCACCAGCCGGCUGCAGCUGUGGGCACUGUACCAGGACUCGUAUCAUCAAGUCAACGGGAACAUUGUGAGGGCUCGCUACUCCUUGGAGCACUGCACACCUCUCUACAGUUCACUGGAAUCUGUCAAGAUUCAGCUGGAGAGCUUACAGGCUCUGCAGGUCACACUGGAGGGUGGUGAGGAGAGCUGGACGAAAUUCCAGGAGGUUUCGCAAAGACUGAAGCAGGAAUGCUGUCCUGCACUAGCACAACAACUGGACAAGAGAUGUGAGGACACCCACAGUGGGUGGAUCCGUGUUCAGCAGGAGAUUACAGAGCAGCUUCGUUCGUGCCGGACUCUGGGCCAGCUCUGGCAGCGGUUUGCUGAUCAUUCCCAUCGUACCUCGGCCAGGCUGCGGGGGUGUGAGGAGCACUGUCACCGCCUGCUGACUGAGAUCACUCCGGAGGACAGUCACCUGGAGAAACUGCGAUCCCGCCUGACAGAGACACAGGAAUCGCUCAGUGAGCUCGGUUCUGUCUGCGAGGAGGUGUCCCAGCUAUGUGUCGCUGCUGAUGAAUUGAGUCGACAGGUAGAUCCUUCCUCGUCUGCAGCACUUCAGUCAAAUCGUCACAAUCUGUUGGGAAGGGUGUCCCACCUGGAGGCGUCCCUGUCCAUGAAGAUUCCAGAAAUUCAGGGCUUGAUAGAGCAGCACGAGGAAUUCCAGCAGUGUUUACAUGCCCUGGAGACUCUACUGAAUGAAUCUGAGGAAGUUCUGAAAUCAAAUGGUUCCAGCCCUGAGGAACCGGAAGCUUCCUGCCUCGAGAUAUUGAAGGGUCAGCUGCUGAGAUUGAGCAGCAGCUCGCUGCACCUGGAAACUCUGAACCGUCUCAGCGGCCAGCUGCCAAUCGAUGGCCUGGAUUACACCAAGGUUCAGGCCCUGACCCGGCGAUGGCAACUGGCUCGAGCAACCGCUCUGGACCGCUGCAGUAAACUGCAGGCUGUUACACUGCAAGAGGAGAGCUUCAGUCAGAAGUGUGAGCAUUGGAAACAGUUUCUGAAGAGGAUGGAGGAGACACUGAUGAUUGAUGUUGCUGGCAGCUAUGAGGGCCUGAAAGAACAACAGCAAACUCAUGAGCUUUUCCAGGUGGAGGUUUCAAUCGCACACCAGAUCCUUGAUUCAAUCGUUCAGGAGGCCCAGAAUCUGAUUCCAAGCAGCAAUGUCCAGGACAGAAGGACGUUUGCCCUGAAUCUCUUGGCGCUGAAGGAACGCUGGUGCAGAUUGGUCCAGAACAUCUGGCAACGCCAACACAUCAUUACCACCCUCGCCAACCAAUGGUGUCACCAUGGCAACUCUGUGGCCAGACUGCGUAAGCUGCUCACUGACACGUCAAACAUACUGCAGGCCAUGGGCGAUCUGCGCAGUUACAGUCUGCAGCAGCUCUGGAUGCUGCUGGCGGAGGUGAAGCUCCAGGGGAGGAGACUCCAGCGGUUGGAGCCGUACCUGACCCGGGCCCUGGCGGUGAGCAAUGAGCUCCUGUCAGCAGCGGAUUCCUCAGCACAGGCAUUGCUCCAGGAACAACAACGCCAGCUACAGGACGCCUGGGGUUCCACCAACCUACAGCUCACGGACAAGAGGAACAAACUGACCGCCAUAGUGAAGAUGUGUGACAGAUGUGGGGAGGAGGUGACCGUAUUGGGUCUCAAGCUCCAAGAAUUCGGAGUGGAGUUGAGGCGGGAGCUGCCCUGUAUCAGCGAGGACCUACAAAAAGAGCAAAGUAAACUCCAGCAGGAGCAGGGAGAGCUGAUGCGAAGCUGGCUGAACAGGCUUGAUGAGUUGAGCACCGUGAAAGUGGAUCUUGGCAAGCACCUUAUUCCCGAAGUGGCGAUUGGAUUCCAGGAGCAAGUGGCAAUCCUGGAGAGCCAUUGGGAGCAGCUGAAGCUGUCUGCGUCCUUGCGGACACUGGAGAUAAGUGACCGGCUCGAGCAGUGGGUCGUGUUUAAUACCAAGAGCAAGCAUCUGGAAGACUGGCUAAAACAGAUGGAAGAUCGAGUCUCCCAGAGCCCAGACAGUGGCGUUCAGGAGAUGAUUGAGAGACUCCAGGAGGAUUGCAUGGGGGAAAUUAACCUCUACAACAGGAAUAAGGUGCAGCUGAAACAACUUGGGGAUGAACUGAUCAAAGCCAGCAGCCCAUCGAAAGCACCAGAGAUCGACAACAAACUUAAUCUCAUCAACAGGAACUGGCAACACCUCCAUGAAGUCAUUGAGGCCAGGGUGAAGAAGUUGAAGGACACUCUGUGCUCUGAGCAGCUCCUGGACAGGGAGAUGAGUAACCUGAGGACCUGGCUCUCUCGCAUCGAGUCGGAGCUCUCCAAACCCGUCAUCUACAACAUCUGCGAUGAUCAGGAAAUUGAGAAAAAGCUUGCAGAGCAGCAGGAGCUGCAGAGGGACAUUGAGCAGCACAGCGUGGGAGUGACGUCAGUCCUGACCCUGUGUGACAGCCUGCUGCUGGACACUGACACUGAGUCAGAAUGUGACUCCAUCCAACAGACCACACGCAGCCUGGAUCGCAGGUGGCGCAACAUCUGUGCCAUGUCAGUGGAACGCCGAAUGAAGAUUGAGGAAACGUGGAGACUUUGGCAGAAGUUUCUGGAAGACUAUUCUCGUUUUGAUGACUGGCUGAAAGGUGCUGAGCGGACUGCGGCCCAUCCCAACUCCUCACAGGUGCUGUACUCCCUCGCCAAAGAGGAGCUGAAGAAGUUUGAGACCUUCCAGAGACAGAUUCACGAGAGUCUGACCCAGUUGGAGCUGAUUAACAAGCAGUACAGGCGGUUAGCAAGGGAGAACCGCACGGACUCCUCCAGCCGCCUCAAACAGAUGGUUCACGAGGGCAACCGACGCUGGGACAGCCUCCAGAAACGCAUCGCUGCCAUCUUACGCAGGCUCAAGCACUUCAUCAGUCAGAGGGAGGAGUUUGAAAGCUGUCGGGAGUGUAUCCUGGUGUGGCUGACUGAGAUGGACCUACAGCUGACCAAUGUGGAACAUUUCUCAGAGAGUGAUAUCGAAGACAAAGUACGGCAACUGAACGCCUUUCAGCAGGAGAUCACCCUGAACACCGCCAAGAUUGACCAGCUGAUUGUGUCUGGGGAGAGGCUGAUCUGGAAGAUUGAGCCGAUGGAUGCAGUCACCAUCGAGGAGGAGCUGGAGGAGCUGCACGCCUACUGCCAGGAGGUCUUCGGACGGGUCGCCCGCUUCCACCAAAGGCUCAUGUCCAAGCGGCCGAUGACUGAGGAGAAGGAGGACCUGUCUGACAGGGAAGCCGACACUGAAGAUGGGGCUGAGCUACAGAAUGUGAGCUGGCAGGACAAGGCUGAUGGGUCCGAGCUGUCCACUCAGGGGUCUUUGAGUCACCUGACCCUGCCUGAAGAAACACAGCAACACGAGCGGUCAGGGGGCGCGACGCCGGUCAGUGUGGACUCCAUCCCCUUAGAGUGGGACCACACGGUGGAUGUUGGAGGAUCAUCGUCACACGAAGAUGAAGAUGAUGGCUUGUACUUCAGCAACUUAUCAGAUGUACCCAUCACAGAAAGCCCCGAAGCCUAUGUCAAAAUGACAGAGAGCACUUUGAGAACUUCCGCUGGGAACGUGGGUCCCAAUGCCAUCCCGUGGCAUCCAGCCACCAGCCCCGAGGGCAGCAGGAAGUGCCAAUACCAGCAGACAGAGCUCGCCAACAGACAGCAUGUGCCUGGCGGUAACCAGAGCUCGGGCCCCGGUCACAGUGACAGCUAUGUGUUGCCGCAAUCGGAUGGUUCCGGAAACAUGGUCAAUAAUAGGCGGGCAGCAGACAGUCCGGGAUCAGAGAUAUCACAGCAGCCAGAGCUCUCACGCUCUGAACAACCGACACCCAGUAUUGAACACUGGCAGCUGCUCAAUGCCAAGGCCCUGAGUGAGGAACUUGUCAUUAAACAGAACCUGCAGCAAUGGCAGCAGCUGAACUCUGACCUGGAUGAUAUUUCCCAGUGGCUGAUCCACAUUGAACCCACACUGAAUAAGGCUGAGAGCCUGGAGCCUUCCCCUCAGCUUGCAGCCAUUGAGGAGAAGCUGCGGAGCCUGCGAAACGUUCAGAAGGAGUUUGACAAGUACAAGGCCCUGGUCACCUCCGCCAGGCUGAGUAGCCGGGAGUUCCUGCAGACAGACAGUGCUGAGGCGCAGGAGUUACAGGAGAAACUGCAGCAAGUGAAUGGUAACUGGGAGAGGACAGCACAGAGACUGGAGCGAUGGCGCGCAUCGUUACGCAGCACCCUGACCCAGUGCCAGGAUUUCUAUCGGAUCAGCCACUCACUCAUGAUGUGGUUGGCUGACUGUGAGAGGCAGCGAGGCCUGGUCCGACUCAGUAACCCGGGACUCAGCCUGCACACUCUGACACAGCAUCGCAAGGCACUGAUGAAUCUGGAGGCAGAGAUGUUGGAGAAGCAGCCACAUGUGAGCAGCCUGCAGGAACUCUCGGUGCACCUGCUGGAAGGUGGAGAGGGAGCUGCCUGUGAGGAGGCCAAGGAGCAGGUCCAUGUCAUUGGCACCAAGCUGAAGGUGUUACUCGGAGAGAUCACCGCUGACCUGCAGACCAUCAACGAGAGGCUGGAUGAGGGCUCUCUGAUCUCUGCUGAAGAGUUGGAUUUCUCCUCUGCUCCAAUGAGCAGCACUCCCCUACGGCACCAAGUGGGUCGGAGAGAGAUCCGAAUGGAUAGAGCGGCUGUUCCCUCAUCGUCAAAGAGGGUGGAUGGAGAGCUUGGGGCACGGGUGUUUGGAAUCUCGAAGGCUCGAUCCUUCCUGUCCAGGGUUUUCCGGGCUGCGAUUCCCCUCCAGCUUCUCAUCCUCCUGCUGUUACUCCUGGCCUGCCUCGUUCCUUUCACCCAGGAGGACUAUAACUGUGCCUUGGCAAACAACUUUGCCCGCUCCCUGUAUCCAAUGCUGCGAUACACCAAUGGCCCACCACCUACAUGACCCUCCAUGGGCUUCCCCCACCCCACCCCCUCAACACCCUGACCACCCCCACUACCACCCACCCCCUUCACCAUUCACUCUCUGUGUCCCAUCUGCCUCAGGUCUCCCUUCUCUGUCUCUCUGUCUCUCACCUACAGCCGCACUCCCUCUCUAUAGUAUCCCCCUCCUUCUCUAAACUAACUCUCACUCAUUCUAUCUCCUUCCUUUUUGAACCCACCCCAUCCUCUAUCCCACUCCCCCCUGGGCUGGAGCUCCCUCUGAUAUGAAGCUGGGAUUGAGAGAUCUGGUUAAUUCAUGAUGUUAAUAUCCAGCCAACACAGGCCGGUUUGAAUUUGGCGAGUGCAUAUUUUUGGAACUGAAUGAUGUAAAUAUAUUUGUAAUGUAACGUGGGAUCCACAAUCCUAUGUCCCUACUGCAUGAUGUAUAAUUUAACCCUUUCUUGAAUGUUUGUUAAUUAUGAAUACUGUAGAACAGCAUCAGGGAACUUUGCAAUCUGGAUUAUAUUAUUCAGAGUAAGAACUAUUUCUAUAUUGUACAGUAAACUGUGAUUUUAGUUGGGAGAGGGGUGCUGUGAAAUGAAGUCUAUUCCUGGAAUGUUUGAGCUGUGUGUUCAUCGGAUUAAUUUCUGAUCAUGUGAUUAAGCACAUCAAUACAAUCCGAUUCCUGCAUCAAACAGCAACAACUGUUUGUAUUCAGUGGAAAUAAAUUCAGGACUCCAUUCUCA